AUAUCUUCACCUACAAUUCAAAUCAACGUCUCCAAUAAAAUAAUAAAUAGAUAGUGAUCAGGAGCGAAAUAAUAAAUCAGAUAACGAUAUUUAUUUAAAAUUAAGUAAUGUGAGAUAAAUAAUUGGGGUUUAUGUAAUUAUCGGUGUCUAUAGUUCAAUAUAAUUCAUGGAAUUUUAUCUUCUUGAUAUUUAUUAUAAGUAUAUAUAUAUUAAUUUGCGCUACAAGAAUGAUACAACGGGAAAUGGAUAAUGAACACCAAGAUGACGUGGAUUUUGUACCGAUGCACGAGUACAGAGGAGAAAUAAUUGAAGUCAGUGAAAAAUUACUUGCAUUAUCAAGUGAAAUGAGUGAUGAUCAGCGUAAUGACGAAAGUGAUUUUAAAAAUCAAGAGACUGUUGACACAAAGUUAGAAAAUUCUGGUGAUAAUAAAAUAAAUAAAAGUGGAUUGCAAAGUCGACAGCAGCCCAAAAAAAUGGGGAUUUCCAGAUUUAAAUUGGGCAUCAUCUUCGGGGUUGCUUGCGCUGCUAUUUGUUCUGGGAUAACUGCUGGCUUCCUAUGGAAUUCCAUUUUUUAUAAAAUACUUUUUAAAGAGCUUGUCUUGUCUCCAACAUCACAAAGCUACACCAUGUGGGAAAAAACACCUAUUCCGAUGUACUUAGAAAUUUAUCUCUUUAAUUGGACGAACCCCAAAGACUUUUCAUUAAAAUCUAAGUACAAACCUCAUUUCAAUGAAAUGGGUCCUUAUGUUUUCAGUGAAGUUGAUUAUAAAGUAAAUCAAGUGUGGAAUGAAAAUGACACGAUAACAUUUCAACAAAAACGUGUCUGGCAUUUCAUAGCAUCCAAAUCAAACGGAACGUUAAGUGAUAAAAUAACAAAUAUUAAUCCAGUAGCUGCCUCAAUAGGAUACAAAUUAAGAUUCAAAGGAUUAUUUGCACUACUUGCAGUUAAUAGUGUCCUGAAAAUUCUCAACGAAACACAAACAAUUACUAAGACAGUACGCGAGUUAUUAUUCGAUGGUUAUCAUGAUGAAUUACUCGAGUUAGUUAACAAAUUAAACGUAACUAAAGAUUUACCAUUUUCUAGAUUCGGUUGGUUUUACAACCGGAACAAUUCUGAAACUUAUGAUGGAACCUUCAACAUGCUAACGGGAUCAUCAGGUUUAUGGAACACGGGGAUAAUUCAGCAGUGGAAUUACAGCAAUAAAUCGAAGAUAUUCAAACACGAAUGUGGCUCAAUAAAUGGCACACUAGGUGACAUAUGGCCGACGAAUGCUGAAAACAAGUCGGUUAACAUUUUCGCGCCAGACGUUUGCACUCUGCUGAACCUGGACUACAGCGAGCAACAAGAGCACGAAGGUUUGGUCGGUAAAAAAUAUGUUUCUACUGCAAGGAUGCUUGACAAUGGUACCGAUGUACCAUCACGUGCUUGCUACUGUCAGGAUGUCGAGUGUCAACCCAGUGGUGCGCUCAAUGUGUCAUCAUGCAAAUUUGGCGCUCCCGCUUUUAUCAGUUUGCCGCAUUUUUAUCUCGCGGACCCGAGUUAUCUCAACGCCGUCGACGGAUUGAGUCCCUCGAAAGAUAAACAUGAAUUUUCUAUGCUCGUUGAACCAAAUUUCGGAAUCCCGCUACAAGUCAAAGCUCGUCUGCAACUAAAUUUAUUAAUUCAACCGAUCAAACAUUUGUCAAUAUAUACAGACAUACCGCGUGUUUACAUGCCUGUGCUGUGGUUCAAACAGGAGGCGAAUUUGACUGAAUCAUAUGGAAAACAAAUUAAAUUUAUUGCGACUCUGCCAUUGUUGGGGCACGUGACCUUUUAUGGAAUAGCUUGCAUUGGAUUGUUACUGGCAUUCAUCGGAACGGGACUUUUGAUAAAAAGGUUCAGAAAUUCCGAAGACAAUCAACGGCUUAUUCCCAAAACGGAAGUCAAUACUCCGUCAAGUAACGGGUGAUUUUAAAUAAUAAAAUAAUAGUUUUUAUCACAAAGAAAGCGAGUAAUCGCAUUUUUAGGUAAGGGGUCGUACUUAAAUUGCGUAAACAUUUAGCAUCUCUUUUUUACCCCCACCUUCUUAUUAACAAUUCGUAUCAAAACAUCCCUUCCCCCCCUCUAUAUUGUACAUAAUUUUUUUUAUCCUGGAAUAGGUCAUAUUUAAAAUAUAUUUAUAAUUAUCGACUGAUAGACCGGUAAUACAAAUCUAUGGUGGAUUGGAAAAAUUAUUGUUAUGAUUAUGAUGUAUUUAAUUAUUUAAAUUAAUUACGUUUAGCCAUAGGCGAAUUCCGGCGCGGCAAAUUUAAUUAAUUUUUUUUUUUAAUUAUUAAGUUUUGUGUUUACUUUUAAAAAUUAGAAACUCCCUCCCCCAGACACUAACAGUAACAAACUUUGACUCCCUCUGGCCUUAAAUUUUUUACGUAAUUUGAGUACGGCCGUAACAGUUAAAAAUAAAUCGUGGGUUUAAAUAAUUUAAAAAAUAUUGAAAAGUAUUCAGCUGUUAAAAUACUUUGAUGUGAAAGAAAUAAUGUAGACAUAAUUUAUAAUGUUAAUUGAUGUUAGUUAAGCUUGUAUUGGUGAUACUAAGUGCCUCGAAAUUAAUAACAAUCAGACUUGUUAGCAGAUUUAAAAGUAUUAAAAUUAUAUAAUUCAUUAAAGAUUCAAAUAUUUAAAUAAAAUAGGAACGGCAGUGAUACUUUACCAUAUUUAAAGUCUAUUUAAAGAGUAGCUCAAUUAAUUAUAUAUAUAAAAUAAAAUUUAAAAAAUAAACAAUAUCAAUUGUUAACAUGUAUUACGGGCAAAAUAUUUUUACAGCAUUAGGAAUUAAUUUUAUUUUCAUCGGUCUCAGUUCAAACUCUUCGUUGUCUAUUGAAAAAUAAUUUUCUUUUUUAUUCUGGAAAAAAGUAGAAUAUUUUUUUAUUUAGUAAUUAACUUUUGUUAAUUAAAAAAAAUUUUUAAAUUAGUAAGUAUACUUACAGAGUCUUCUGUUGAGUCGGGAAGAAAUUCAAUUUCUUUAGCCUCAAAUAUAUUUUCUAUUACUUUCUUUUUACCUUUGAUCCGCCUCCAUCCUUCAGUGACAAAUUCAAUGUAAUUUAUGGAUUCAGGACCUUCCAAAAAUCAUUUUUAUUAGUUAAUUAAUUAAUAUUAUUUUUAUAAUUUGUAUUUGUAAAUAUGUUUAUAAUUAAUAAUAAAUAUUUACUAAUAA